GAAAAUCGAUUUUUUUGACAAUCACCCAACAGAAACGUAAACAUUCUGGAGAAUUUUCCUUCUUAUCCGCAAGAGUUUCGAAUUUUCUCUGAUCUCCAGCACGUGGAAUGAUCAGAGACCACUGAAAAUGUACUCGGAAUGGGCAUCUUUAGUGCCUACGAUCACGGAAAACAUCAGCAACGCCCAAUCGCAGAGUGUACUCGGAAAGUUCGGAAUCGCUGGUGGGCGUGAUGUGGCAGCUGUCGUAGUAAAACAAUUAGCUGGCAAUCUGGGCAUCACCAAUGUGGCCGAGCCGAGUUCCCUGGUGUCGGAUCAAGAGGUACAAUGGUGCAUGGAUGUCAUUUGCCACGGACUUUCUCUUCCACUAGCCGAACACGAUAUAAUCAAAGAUUGUGUGAAUAUUUAUUGCGAGUGGCUUACGGCGCUUUUGCCUCACCCAAAGGUCAGCGUUCCGAAGCCUAUCUGUGAUGAUCCGAACACGUACGUCAGGAAGAUUAUCAAGCAUCUGUACAACUUGUUCGUUCCCCGGCCGGGAGAAGACUGGCCUUUCAUGUAUCAAGAGGAGUUAGGGACCGACACAAUCAAUCGACAGGCUGUUUUCUGCCAUCGAGUGCUUCGAACGCUUCAGGAUACGGCACAAAAUUCACAGAUUCUGACGGUGGAAACCUGGGAAGCACUGCUAUUGUUUCUUCUGGCUAUCAAUGAAAUCCUGCUGGCCCCACCAAUCGUGAAGGACGACGUUGGGGAUCAACUGUGCGAACGAGUGUUGAGUGUGCUGUUCGAGGUUUGGCUGCUAGCAUGCAGCCGAUGCUUCCCUUCGCCUUCUCUGUGGAAAACAUUCCAAGAGGCAUGCUCUGCAUGGCGGCACCGAAUUGCGCUCGUUGAACAGUGGAACCGAGUUAAUCUGGUGCUGACGGCGAAGUUGCUCGAGUUUACAUAUGGUCCAGCUUUUCCCGAGAUGAAGAUUAUGGAAGAAGACAGUCAUUUGAUACCGGCGGGGAUUACCAAUGAUUGUAUCGCCCAAUCGUGGAUUCGGUUUCUCAAAAUUCUUGGUGCACCGACGGAUCUUUGCUGUCCGCAGGUUAUCUCGCGUACGCCGCAAUUUAUACAAGCGGUUCUGCUUAGUGCCGAUGGGAUCGAGCCGCAAUAUCAUCCAUGUUUGCUGCAGUUGCCGCAGAUUUUCCUGAAGACUAUGAAGGGAAUUGCCGGCUUGGUGGAUGCUUUUCUGGGAAUCGCUCAGUAUAGACAAGUAGACGCAAGCAUUUUGGAGAAUAUGGUUCCUCUUCACUUUCACAGUAUGGGCAUCGGUGGGGGGAAUACAACUCCGAAUAUAAAUUUUAGACAUUCAGGUGGAGAGAUGAGGCAAAGUCCCUCGAUUCGUGCUAGUGGUGGCCUCGGAGGGUUAGGCUUGGGAGCUGCACUUGGUGUGGCUGGAAGUUCCAAUGCUAGCCAUAGUAGCAUCGGCGGUGGUGGCGGCAACAGUAACAGUCAAUCUAAUCUAGCCGAUGGAAACGUCGGUUCGGUUAGUGUGGGCUUCUACAGUAGCGUUUCGCACGACGGGCAGUUCGGAUCAUCCGGUGGAGAUGGCGUGCCUAAUUCGCCGACACCGCCACUGCAGCGACGGCUGGCCAAGAGCUUCAGUGUGGCGCCAUCGAUUUCCGCUCACGCGGUGAUCUCAAAGGGUCUCACCAAGAGCUCGUUUAGUGGAUUGACCAGUAGUCGCGCUUCAGGAAAUCAAGCGAAUCUUGUAUCGCAAUCUGCAUCGCUACCUUCGUCCGGAUUCUCGUCUAUGCUCUCACUGUGUCAAGAAAAUCGAUACCCGUUGGCCACUAACCGUCCUCGAUGCAACAGCAUAUUACAUUUGUUUGGAGAGUGGUUGUUCGAUGCCGCGCACAUUGGCGGAGACACGUGGAUUCAGAAUACCAAAAAACGAGCCGCCGAGGCAAAACGUCGACCGUCCUCGAUGAUCAUGGACAACCGCAAGGGUAGUCUCUCGCAGCCACCAUCUCUUUCCGAGAUGAAUGAUGUUCCCUCGAGUCUUACCAUAGACAAAUACGAAUCUGGCAAGGCUGAAGCAUUGGGAGCUUUGUGUCGCAUAUUCUGUGCCAAGAAAACGGGCGAAGAAAUUCUGCCCGUGUAUCUGGCUCGUUUCUACAUGGCACUCCAGCAGGGCCUGAAGCUCACCGAUUCGAAGGAUUGCGAGGAAACGUUGGCCAGUAUUUUGUAUAACUCAUCCGAUCUGUUCCGAAUUGAUCUGGAGGGUAUACAGGUGCUGCUUCCGUCAUUCAUUGCUGCGCUGGAACCUAUUUUGCCGGAGAAAGAAUUGAGGAUGAAGUCUCAGAAUGUACUUGUCAACAAGACUGAACUGAGACGAGCUGCGAUCAAUGUGUUGCUAUCGAUUCUGGCACUCCCACUACAUUUUCAGACGCUCCCUAUAAGGGAUAUAACUGGUGGUCCAGCUGAUAGGAUGAUAACAUUUGUUCAGUUGAAACCGCGAAUGAUAAAUAUUCUGAUGAAUGCUUUGCAAGUCGAAAGUGAUGCUCAGAACACGCACAUGCUUCUCGGUGGACUUCACCUUUGCGUACAAGAUUCCGGGACAUUCGAGGAGUUGGAGAUAGGCCCAGACGCGUUGAACACAUCUCAACAGUCGAAUGAUGCUAAUUUACUUAGUUCAGCCUGCUCGGAGAAAAGUACGUACUCGAUCAAUAGCGCCAACUCUAGCACCGGAGGCAACAGCACUGCAACGCUUAGCAAUGAGCCCUCUAGUUUGCCGGCUUUCGAUGAUUUCUCAUCCGAUAUUAUUCAUGAUUUAGAGUUGAGUUCGUCUGCAGUUUAUGACAGCGGUCACGCUCUCUUCGUACGUGCAACGUAUCUGGUUUGCCACCGGCUGAUAUCGUCGUGGAAGACCGACUUGAACGUUUCGUUAGCCGCUCUGGAGCUUCUCUCGGGACUAGCCGCUAUGCGCAUCAAGGACUCUGACGCUCUCGAGUGCAAGCGUGCUGUUAAGUGGAUCUGCGACUACAUUUGCUACCAGUGUUCGCGUCCGCCUCCGGCGCACAGCAAGGACCUCCACAGCACAAUUGUUGCUGCGUUCCAAUGCACCUCAUCCUGGCUGAUGCAUCAUCCGUAUUUGCUACAGGACAAAGAAUGUCUCACGACCGUACUGGAAGUGGUCGAACUAGGAAUAUCCGGGUCCAAGAGCGUCGGCAAACCUGGGGAACCAGUCAAGCUCAAGGACGAGAAAGAGCUGAAGCCGGCUUCGAUGCGAGUACGAGAUGCUGCGGAGAAUCUUCUCACACUCAUUCUGGAACAGAUUGAUUACUUCCCUAACGAAUGCGGUAAGCAGUCCCUGUCUUCGUUGUUAGACGAAGUGGUGUUGGCAAAACACUCCAGCACAAAUGAUGAGGACACAUCGGAGAUCACCCAGGAACAAGCGAUCCGAAAGUUUAAAUAUUUUGUUACAGAGAAUUCCACCAUCCUUGCACUGUUUGAGGAACCUCUCGGGAAUGAUCAAGAUCCCCAACCAACCGUAACUAUAUUAAUACGUGGUCCCUUCGGGAGGCACGCUUGGACCAUGCAGCUGCGGCAUUUGUCGCGCAGCAAAUCCGGUACCAAGUAUCACGCUCCCAACCCGGGCCGGCCGGUUCCGAUGAACGACAUCAUGAUCCGCCAGGAGGUCGAAUACAAAUACUUCCCCGAUUCGGUCGAUCGCAUUCCUCCAUGCGUGGUGGAUUAUUCCAUCCCUACGCUCGAUAGCACCGAGCAGAAGAUCGGCAAUCAAUCCACCAAGCAUCUGGCGCGACUUCUGGAAGAUCAGCUGGUGUACGAGAAACUUUCCUGGGCCCAAACUGAGUGUUCGGUCGAUGGCUUGGGGCAUGCACAGGAAGCCACUCCGCCAAACGUAUGUCACGAGUUUCAGGCUGCUCGACUGUUUUUGGCUCAUUUCGGGUAUCUCUCUAUCGGUCAAAACAACGACGGCCAGAAGCUGCUGACUGCGGUUGAUACCACGAAGCCCGAAUUCUGUCAAGAUUUGCGAAUGCUGGAUAAAAUGAGCCCUCGAACUUGCGAUACGAUACACGUGUUCUACGUGAAGGCCGGUCAAACAACAGAAUCGGAAAUCAUCGGCAAUAUGGACAUGGAGAAUUUGUCCACAGUUGACAUGCACUUCUGGAAUGUUCUCUAUACGCUCGGCUGGCCCGUGAAUGUCGAGGAACAUGCUGGUUGGACGGGUUUCAUAAACAGUAGCUGGAAAAUUCCAAAAGAGUGCAGAGAGCCUCGGAAGCAGCAACCUAACCUCAAUGCCUGCAACUACGAAGAUUUUCAGUUGAACGGAGAAAAGAAAGUUUUAUAUUGGGCAGACGUGUCUUCCGAAAUUGCAAUCGUGGUGCCUAACCGAAGCAGCAAGAGCGACGUUUGGGUGGAGGAAUCGCCGGACGUUAAUCCCGCCACAAUGUACGAACGAAGCGUGAGUGAAAUUCAGGCUUCGAAGGCAGCCUCGAGCAAGGCACGCCAAUACUCGCUGGAUAGUGAAUCUGAACGAAUGGGAGGCACGAACAGUAAAUCGGCAGAUCCAAUACCUCCUGUGAGAAGAAGAACAGGGGCUACGAAGCCUACCACUUUGUACACUGCUCCAACUGCGAAGAUUCUGCUGGUUUGGUUGGAAAGCUUCGAGGAUCAUCUAACAUUUCCGGUGGACGACUUGCUACAUUACACAAGAGCUGGCUAUUCGACGGCUCAUGGACCUAUUGCGCCGCUCAACGCAAACGAAUGCCACAUCAUAUUUUUGCAUGCUCUCAAUUCGGGUUUGCUUCGGGUCAAACUGCAGGGUCCGACAGGAAGGAUGAACUUUGCCAUUCCGCUGGUUGACGGGAUGGUUGUCAGCAAGAGAGUUAUCGGAUCGUUGAUCCGACAGACGGCUUACAAUAUGGCAAAGCGGAGACGUUUGGACAAUGAUUGCUACCAACCACCGCAUGUUCGCAGGCGCAUCAAAGUCCAGGAAAUAAUGCAGAAAUAUAAGAAGGAUAUGAGUGAGCCAGAACUUUUGGCCGAUUUAUUCAAGUCUUCAAUUUGAAUGACAUUGUUUUUUUUUAGUACUAAGAUGGGUAAAGUAUUAUAUGUUUGUUUGUGUUUGUACGUUUAGCAACAACAAUGUGAUUGUUUUGCGUUAUUCCGGUCAUAUUCCGUCUACUUAGUUUGCUAGAAACUAAUUUUAUUUAUUCUACGAAUCAAAAGAAAACUUAACAAAGUUGUGUAAUUUAAUUAUGGUGUUAAUCCCAUUAAUAUUCUUUCGUAUAUAAAUAAACAUUGAAAAUAUUCAUAAUCAUUAUCAAA